AAGUACAACGCAUGCAAAAUGGCGGAAGAUUUUGAGAAAACUGCGGAUGAUUUCCAAAAUAUUGAUGAAAUAGAUGAAGAAAUGGAGUCUGUGGAUGAUGACAGCCAAGACAAGGAAUCAAACAGCAGUGAUGAUGACGAAUUAGAGCUUGAACUUGUUGGGCAACUGAAACAAAAGAUAAAAGAAAGUCCUUACCUAUAUGAUAAUCAUACAGAAUUAAUUAAACUUCUGAAAAAACUGGGAGAAUUGGACGAACUACGAAAUGCCAGAGAGAAUAUGAGCAAAUUAUUUCCUUUAACACCAGAGUUAUGGUUAGAUUGGAUAAAAGAUGAGUUGAAAUGUUUAUCUGGUGAGACGGAAGAUAGAGAAAAGAUCCACAAGUUAUUCAACCUCGCUGUUCAAGAUUAUCAAUCCGUGCCACUGUGGUUGGAAUUUGCUCAGUUUUCCAUUGGUGAAAUGUCGUCAAAAGAUGGAAUGAGGAAAACGAGAGAAACUUUUGAAAGAGCAAUUACAGCUGUGGGUUUACAUGUUAGUCAAGGUUCUACGAUCUGGGAAGCUUACAGAGAAUUGGAGAACGCAGUCUUAGCUACAUUAAUGCCAAUGCCUGGUAGUGUAGCAACACAAGAGCAAGAAGAAGCCUUCAGUGCUCAGAAUCAACGAGUUUCUUUAUUGUUUAAAAGACAACUGGCUAUUCCCUUAUUAGAUAUGGAUGAAACUUUAAGGCUUUAA